AUGGCACACUGCAGAUCAAGCUGCCUCGUACCACUGUCGCAAGUGCCGGAGGGGACGAUUCCAAAGGCACUCCCAACGAGAGAUGGCAUUCCGAGCCAUGAGUCGUACGAGGUGGUGUUAAGCUACACCGUUGACAGCCCGUUCAAGGCGUGCCCCGAGAGUGAACCGCUGCCGUCACCCCACGCUGAUCUGCUGAGGAUCAUCAACAGCCCUGCGUACACCAAUGAGAAUCAUACCACGUCGGUGCACUCGCAGGAUGGUCCUACCUGCGAGAGGCUGCAGGCUUCGGGCAUCGCAGUUCUGCAUACGCCCAAGAAAAUGGACGCCACACCCGAACUCCGUCCAACUAUGACCCCGCAGGCGCCUCCGGAUGCGGAGUUCACCAACUCGGCGAAUAGGAUGGCGGACAGCGAGAUUCAAAGGCUUACCAUGCGUGGCAUCAUUGGCAAAAGGGCGGUGAAUGUGGACGUCUCCACGAUCGAGAGAAGGAUAAUGUCAAAGGUGCUGCAGGAUGCUGAGGCGCGGCAGGUCAUCGUGACCUUCGUGCGAGAUCGGGAUGACUGCGAUGAGGACGACCACGACGAAGUUGAUCACGAAUUCGAAAUGGUAAACGCGAGCGGAAGUCGCAGUAUAAACCUUAACGACUCGCUGGGGUACGCUCUGGACCGUAUCGACGGCAACCUGUUCGACGUGCCGUCGCCCAAAACGCCGAUAAACGCAUCGAUUCCGGUUGACACAAGCGACAUCGACUGGUUUAACUCGACCAUGAGGUUCAACAAAAUAAAGGAGUACAAAAAACACGCGAUACCGUUCUCCGGCAGUGACAACUAUUACCACGGGGCGACCAGCUGCACAAUGACCGACUCGGAGUACAACAGAAAUAAGGGCACGUUAUUCAAGGACUCGCCAAAAAGAGAUGAGUAUGACGACGACUACGACGAUGAAAGUGAUGAUCUCAUGGAGCCUCCGGCUGAAAUCACGACGGCUGGAGACCAGACGCACGCAGUGAUGUCCCCCAUAGAGCCGCAAUUGAAUUUUUUAAAGAAGCGGAAACGUGAAAAAACGGAACACAGAGAACAGCUGUCUUCGGAUGGAGCGAUGACGAGCAAGUCGCUCUCGAGGGAUUCUACCACCUCCAGCAUUUCGGAGGGCUCUGGACAACUAUCGCAUCGCCAACGUGUUAGAAGGCAUAUAUCGCAUGACAACUGCAACAUCAUGAUUGACGAGUACAAGAAUCAUCCCGACUAUGAGGAGGAUUCGGACUCUUCGCCGCAAAUGUUGCUGUCCGACAUGCGUGCCGAACACAGCAACACGUCGUUGGACCGGUCGCUUUCGCACUCCCGACACGAAGGCUCAGGUUCGCUCCCGCGAGAUUGUUCAGUUUCCAACGAGGGUAUUUCUAAACGUGGUAGGUUGGUGGAAAGUCGUCGAUCGGCCGAGUCUAAUGGCGGUGUGAAGGCACUGCGGUCUAAGCACGGAACCGACCGCGUGUUCGAUAACGCACUGCUGAAUAACAAAGACUGGUCGUCGGAGACCUGGGGUUCCUUUAUCAACGUGAUCCUCAGCCGCACGUGCACGCUUGGCCACGGGUCCUUUUCUACGGUGACAUUUGCAUUCCUCAGGCUGACGCCCUCUCUGGCGAUGAACGGUGGGCGCCCGAAUUCCAGCUGCAGCAAUGAAAACAUAGCCAUGGCACUGAAGGAGUACAACGCUGCAGCAUACAGGGAUAGCAAUCGGACAACGUCCGAGAGUGAAGAUGAAACUUUUAAUGGCCAAACCGCAACGGACUCACGAAGUGCACCCACCGAUCCAAAGUCGGGGAAUGCUACCGGGAACAACGGCGAAGGCGACAUUAUCGACCAAAUGUGCAGCGUGGUCAGCGGGCACUGCAGCAGAUGCGCAAACGUCCGUGCUAUCGACUGUGCAGUGAAGUCGAUCAACGAUGUCUUCCCACAAGCUCGUUUCCAGUAUAUCCGGGAGAAGGAGAUGAUGUUGCAUUUCAACGCGAACGUCCUGAAGCCCCUGGCUUGUCGCCAUCACAACACGGACGGCAACAGGUCAUACCAAUUGUUGAUGCCUAAAGCCCAGGGCGACUUGCUGGAUAUGCUCAAGCGUCUGGUGAAGCACCGCACGAAUACUUGCACAAGCCAAGUCUACAUUGCCAGCCAGUCCACUGGCAAGCAGGAAAGGAAGAUAAUCGGGCUCAACGAAACCGAGGUGAAGUUCCUCUUCUACCAGGUUUUGUCGGGGCUGGCGUUCAUUCAGAUGUGCUUCCAGGGCAACAUCCACCGGCAUUCCGACAUCAAGCUUCAGAAUAUCCUGGUGUUGUGUCGCGAUGAGGACCAGCUCAACCCGAUGCGAUGGCGCCUGUGUCUCGCGGACUUUGGAUGUUCCAUCAUGCUUCACCCCACGCAACACCUGGAGGGAGCAGGUCUAUUCCGCACCCUGCAUGACAGCUUAUCCAAGGAGUGGCGCACGCACGUAUGUAAUCAGCUGACGUCGUUUGUACGGGGCACUGUGCGCAGUAACGCUCCGGAGGCGCUCUCAUACGACCGACACGGGAAGCCGCGCAGCAAUCACAACGACCGCCUUUUGACGGCGUAUAAGCGAAGGAGGUUACGCAUGUCGUAUAUGAACAAGGACCAGCUCCCGAUGCCUCGCGUGUGGGUCCAGGGUAACGUGAGCGAAGAAAUGAAACGCCUACCUCCGCGGAGCGCCAUCCGUGUCCCUGGAGUGCGUGAAACCGACACUGCGGAAUACUACACCGUGGACAUGCACGCUGAUAUGUGGUCCGCAGGGAUAGUGCUGGCUGAACUGGCUAAGUUCGGCGGGCCGAAUCCUUGCAGUGACGAUAGUCGUAGCCCGAACGAUUCCUCGAAAAGCAAGGGCGACACACUGCCUGCGGACUACGUGAAUCAGAGGCUGAAUGGGACUCUUGGGCGUGGCAUAUUCUGCAGGAACAAUGCCGUUGUUAAACUUAAAAUGCAGUUGGAGGCCGCACGCGAGAAGGGUGGCCCAAAGGCCUCCCUUAAGGUGGCUGCGAACGAUAAGGCGCAGCAGAACAGCAACCAGGCUGCUCUCACGGACGAGAACCUCAACAUGGCACUGGCUACCGACAUCGCCGCCAAGUGUGAUCAGGAGACCGUCAUGCGCGUGCGGAAGCUGAAGCGGGAGUAUUGCUGGUGGGAGUAUCCAAAGUUCUCAAGUGGUUUCUGGAGCCUUCUGGCGAACCUCCUGUCGUAUGACCCGGCCGAGCGCUACAUUGCGGCCGAGGCGAUGGGGCACGCAUGGUUCGAAUCAUCAGACGGUGACUCGAGACCCAUCUUCGACGACAUCGACGCACUCAUGGCUGAACAACAUCAACACCUUCCGAUGGAGCACUUCUUCUACAUCGGGUCUUCUUUGUCGCUGCACAGCGGCUACAGGAAGGGCCCGUGUAAUAAUGAAUCGUCUCCUUUCACGGUCAAGCGUGAGGCGCUCAUGCACGUAGAAAACAGCGAUGUUGCACUGGAGAGCGUAGGGGAUUACGGCAAGGCGGGGCGAACGUCACACGCAUGGUUCGCCGGACCGCUUCAUUUCCGCCUGCGAGAAUUGCACGAGCCCGGCGUGGAUUUGCCGGACUACGUGGCCCAGAUCUGCCAGCGUGAAACGAUAGUUCUGGAAUCACGUGAGAAGGAGCUAUUCGGCACGCACGGUUUCGUGCUGGCGCAGCUGCUGGCACUGAGACGCCGCUACAUGUUCUCGUGGAGCGAGAUGAUGUCGGCGAGAGCAGUUCACUUGCUCGGCAAGAGCCUGAUGCUGCGUGACUACGCGCAGCGUUAG